CCGCCCCCCUACAUGCACAAAUUUUUGCGCACCGGGCCUCUAGUUCAGAUAUAAAAUAGGUCAGAAAAUUAGAGGACAAAUCAGGAGAUCUAACAUUCAAAUAACAGGGUUCCAGAGAGAACAGAGAAAACAGACACUGCAAUAAAAUGAUUUUUUUUUUUAAGUCUCUAAAGUGAAGGACAUGAGUUUCUAGGUUGAAAUGAUCUACUGAAUGCCCAGUAAAAUUGUUGAAAAUUUGACCCAUAUCAAGGUGUAUCAUCAUGAAGUUUCAAACCAAUGAAGACAAAGAGAAGAUUCUCCAAGUUUCUAGAAAGAAAAAACAGGUUCUAUACAAGAGAUGAGGAAUAGAAUGACCGCAGAAUUGUAUGGUAGCAGUGGAUUCCAGAAGACCAUGGUGCAAUGACUUUAAAAUUCUGAGGAAAAAUUCUUUCCAAUUUAGAGUUCUUUAUCCAGCUAGACCUCUACUUUAAUAGAAAAUAAAAUAAAGACACUUGUAAUCCUGUAAGGACUUAGACCUUUUAUCUCCCAUAGACCAGUUAUCAAAGGGCAACUGGAGAUACGCUCUUCCAAAUAAGUGAAUCAACCAAGAAAGAGAAAAAGAUGGGAUGCACAAGUAAGGGAUCCAGUUCAGGCGAGGUAUGAUGGUGAAGGGAAAUCCUUAGACAGCAGCUGUGCAACCACAGGUAUACAGAGCAACCAACCAGUCCGGACUCUGAAGAGACUUUCUAGAAAAGAUGAAAUGGAUAGAAUUCCUCAUGUGUUUGAACUUAUUAAAAUAUUUACAGCCCUGGCAGGCGUGGCAUAGUUGGUUGGGUGUCCUCCCGUGCAUGGAAAGAUUGCCGACUCAAUUUCUGCUUAGGGCACAUGCCUGGGUUGCAUCUGGAUCCCCAGUGCAGGAGACAGUGAUGGAUGUUAUGUUCUCACAUCAAUGUUUCUCUCUCUCUCCUGCUCAAUUCCUCUCUAAAAAUCAAUAAAUUCUUCUUUAAAAAAAAGAUUUACACAAGGACGAAGAGUGUGGGAAUUGAUUAGUGAUAUGGACAUUAAAAAAUCAAGCAAAUUAAAAAACAAGGCAAUUAUUAACUCCAGGAAGGAAAAGGAUAUGACUUGGUGUGGCUGUCACUGGAGUUUACAUAGUCAUGAUUAUGUAAAAUGCUCCAGCCAAAAUUUUAGCUUAUCUGUAUUAGGAGGUGAAGGAGGCAGUAAGGAUAUGAAUAGAUGGUGAGCAUGAAUGAUUGCUAACUUCUUGUCUUCCGUGGUAGAAAAUCAACAUACACCUAACAUUGAAAAAUAAAAAGCAGCAAAAGGAGCACUUGGUUAUAUGAUUGUAAAUAGUACGUUAUCAGCCAAAAGAAGUGAAAGUGGCUGCCUCUGGGGUGAAAUGGAGGCAGAUGUGGUCCCCUGUAUUUGGUUACCAGCCUUGUAGAACUCUUUAACUCUGUAAAAUAAUGCACAUUUAGCUUUCAUAAAAUUAACACAGCAUAAUUCCCUCUUUUAUAUGGCUGCCAAAACACACACACACACACACACACACACACACACACAACCGCCCAAACAAACAAAAGCAACAAAACUCUUGGUUUUCCCAUUUGCUAUCAAAUCAAAUUUUUCUGAAUUUGAUUUCCUCACCUGUAAAAUUGGUUGUUAUAUAGAUUGAAAUGGAUUGUGAAUACAAAAGUGCUUGGAAACUACAAGAGUUGUUUAACAACAACAACAACGAUUAAAAACUUAGAAUCCAAAAGUUGGGAAUCCUCAACAUUCAUUUAUUCCAUCACGUUCUGUGUGCAGCAGGGAGCGAGACGCCAUAAAGCAUAACCUUACCCUCAACCCACCUGCCCAGUACCUGCCCCCGCUCCUACUUGUUCUGGGUGGCGAUCUAUUCUUUGGGCUUUGGUGCUAGACUUUUCUGAAUUAGGAUACCCGCUGUGUUGACUGGCCUCAGACCUUUUCCUUAGCUUUUUCUGAAUCUUAGUUUCCCUACCCGAGAAUAGUAAAGCCUCUCUUGCCAAACUGACGUGUGGAGCAAAGGAGAGAUUGAUGGCAAAUCCUUUGCUUUGGUCAGUAGCUAAGCGCGGCCGGCUAACUUCAACGACUUCUUGGGCGCGCAGGACGCCUGGGGCGGGGGAGAAGCCGGCUGAGAGCUGCUGGGGGCGGGGAAGAGCGCAGUCACUAUGGCAACCGGAGACGCCUCGCGUUCUCGGCCCCCUGCGGCGAAGCUGGGAAGGCCAGCCGCGAAGACGCGCGGCAUGAGGGUGGAGGACUCGAUGGUGGCGGCGCCAGAGGCGGGCAGCGACCCGCAGGAGCUUGGGCAGCCGGCUGGGCUGGAGUGCGGGGCGCGCGGGGAGCCCAGCGACGGCGGCCCCCGGGAGUCCCACAAACAGUGUGAGUUCCCCUGCAGCCGCGGACCCUGCGCAGAGGGACCUGCGGUGUGGAGAACCGGGAAGAAAUUUUUAUAUUGUGAGCCACACAAGAGAAUUAAGGAAGUACUGGAAGAAGAACUCUAUAUUAAGAGAGAUGAAUGCCACAUUAAAAAUACACCUGCAGUGGCCCUGGAAGGGAUUUGGAGCAUCAAAAGGAAUUUCCCCGUGGGAGGCUUGAAGCCAGGACUGCCCAGCAGAAACACGUUACUGCCACAAGCCAAGUACUAUUCGAGGCACGGAGGGCUGAGAAGAUAAGAAGAAUACAUUUUUCCAUUGAGAAGAAACCUCUUUCUCCUAAUGUCUGAAAGACAGAGAAGAAACCCCAAACUUGUUUCACAGUUUAAGAUGUGUAAAAAAGUGUCUAUAAAUUUUAUUAUUGGUAUUAAUUCCUAUCUAUAAAUUAAGCCAAAGUUAUCACAGACUAUUGGUAAAGCUUACUAAGCACCUGAAAACAAUGAAAAAAUAAACUUAUUUUUAGUUGUCACAGUUGGGAUACUUUGGGCUUCUAAUUCAGAUUAUUUUAUUAAAUAUGUAAAGCAUGAUAAAACAAAGGCAUAUUUAUUGUCUUUACUUCAAACAAACAUAAACCUAAAUCUUUCAUUAGGGUAUCAUUAUUCAUCCAUUAAAACAAAACAAAACAAAACAAAACAUCCAUUCAGCUAUGCCUAUACAGGUAAGUGAAUAAAUAACACAGAUGAAAAGUCUCUGGCUCAGAAACAGUCGUUUUAGUGCUAGCCUUGGUAGAGUCCUUCAUUUUUCUAGAAUUUGUCCACUAAUUAUUAAGCAGCCAGAAGUUUAUGGAGAGAUAAAAAAAUAUUUUACUAAUACUCCUGGGUUAAAAAGAGGUUAAAAGAAGGGGGAAGAUCAAUCUCUUCCCCCACCCCACCCCCAGUUGUCAAAAAUAAUAUAUAUGUAGUUU